CACAUAUAUAUAAGUUGAGUUAAUGGUGUUCCUUAUCAUACGUGCUUCAAAUAUUCAUCUCUCUUUAUUACCAAAAAUGGAUGAACCAAUCUUUUCCACUUCAUCAUCACCAUCAAGCCUUCAACAUAGGCUUCAAUAUAUUUUCAAGAAUCAAACAAAUUAUUAUUCUGAUUGGGCGUAUGCUAUUUUCUGGCAAUCGUCGAAUAAUAGUCUGUCUUUAACAUGGGGUGAUGGCCAUUUAAACAUGAAGACGACGAAUAAUAAAGACGUCGAAUGGUUCUACUUGAUGUCUUUAGCUCAGUGUUUUUCUGUUGGUGAAGGAGUUGUUGGAAAAUGUUUUAGUAGUGAUUCUUUUGUGUGGCUAACAGGGGAUCAACAAUUUGAGUUUUGUCAUUGUGAAAGGGCUAAAGAAGCUCAUUAUGUUCAUGGGAUUAAUACUUUUGUAUAUAUUCCAAUUUCUAGUGGUGUGCUCGAACUAGGCUCGAGCACAGUGAUUAAACAGGACUUGAACUUGGUUCAACAAGUCAAGUCUCUGUUCUUUGGUUAUGAAACAAUUGGUCCAAUUGAUGAUUUUGGUCUUUUCAAUUGUUUGGAACAAUAUGGUCAAGAAGCAAAGAAAGGUGAAAUAGUAGUAGGUACAACACCACAGGAAAACAAAGUUUGGAUUUAA